AUGGGUGCGACUUUAAGUGAACCAGAAACCACCAGGGAGACGCACAGCUGUGCGAAUGGCUACGUCAAGGUUGGUUCGUCAUCUAUGCAAGGAUGGCGGAUAAGCAUGGAGGAUGCGCAUACUCAUCUGCUCGCUAUUCCGGACGACAAAGACGCGUCGUUUUUCGGAGUUUAUGACGGACAUGGCGGGGCGUCGGUGUCGCAACACGCGUCGUACAAUUUGCACAAGUUCAUCGUUCAAUCUCAAGCUUACAGGGACGGAAAUAUCACUGAAGCCAUACGCGAAGGGUUCCUGAAAAUGGAUGAUGAGAUUUUAAACAACGCUGAAAUUCGUGCCGGAUAUGCUGGAACAACGGCUAACAUCGUGAUGCUUAAGAACGACACGUUAUACUGCGGGAACGUCGGCGAUUCGCGAGCAGUCAUUAGCCACUGCGGCCUUGCGGAGGCGCUUAGCGUUGACCACAAGCCGCUGAAUGAGCCCGAAAGCGAGCGUAUCUACGCGGCGGGCGGUUUUGUGGAAUUCAACCGCGUCAACGGAAACUUAGCGAUGUCUCGCGCCCUGGGCGAUUUUAUCUACAAACAGAACGAGCAGAAAUCCCCACAGGAGCAAAUCGUCGUCGGUACUAAAUCAAGCAUAUGUGAUGUAUUUGACUCCUGUAUUGUUGUUUGUUACUCAGCCUAUCCGGACGUGAUUUCGAGGAAGAUCACUGAUGAUGACGAGUUUAUUUUGUUGGCAUGCGACGGUAUUUGGGAUGUAUUGACCAAUCAGGAGGUGAUCGACUUUUGCCGUGAUCGAAUCGCGAUUGGAAUGGAGCCGGAAAACAUCUGCGAGGAAAUGUUGCUGCAUUGUUUGGCUCCCGAUUGUCAGAUGGCCGGUUUAGGCUGCGACAACAUGACGGUGAUUUUGGUUUGCCUGUUGCAGAAUCGUCCGUAUCAAGAGCUUCAGAAAAAAUGUCAACGUCCAAGGCCGGCUUCACCAACAAACGACGAACAGGACUUCAACGUUCCUGAAGCCAAUUCCGUCGAUCACGAUCCGGAACCGAAAGAAAAUCGGGUUAGAGCAGCCAAAGUCAAACCAGUACGUGUUUAUUUCAGUCCGUAG